CACCAAGAUGAUCGCAGCCCAAAUAAUCCUCGGAACUUUAGUAAUCGCCGCUCUGUGCGGUACAGGUUACUCGUUCCAUAAGUGUGAAAGUGCAGGAAAUGGCUAUUGCACCCGUCACUAUUGUAAAUAUGGUUACUAUCUGGAAACGGACCCAAAACUAAGUGAUUGUAAUGACUAUAAAAAUUGUUGUCGACGUAACAAACCUGGAUAUGGAGGAUAUGAUGCAAAAUAUGAACCAGAAUAUGCACCACAAUAUGCACCACAAUAUGCACCACAAUAUGCACCAGAAUACAAGCCAUCAUAUAAGCCAGCAUAUGAACCAGCAUAUAAGCCAUCAUAUAAGCCAGCAUAUAAGCCAACAUAUGCACCAGCAUAUAAACCAACAUAUAAGCCAGCAUAUAAGCCAUCAUAUAAGCCAGCAUAUAAACCAACAUAUGCACCAGCAUAUAAGCCAUCAUAUGCACCACAAUACAAGCCAUCAUAUGCACGAGAAUAUAAGCCAAAUUAUUAA